GCCGAGCCGGGCCGCCCCGCCCCCACCCCCGGGAGCGGGGUCCCGGGCGGCAGCCAUGGAGGCCGGGCCCUGCCCUGGGGCGUUGUGGGCGAGGCCGGCGGGGCCGGGGCCGGGGCCGGGGCGGCCCGUGCUCGGGGCUCCGGGCUGCUGCCCCCGCGCCCGGCCCCGCGGCUUGGGCGAGGCCCGGGGCAGACGCCGGGAGCCCGGAGCCUGCCCCCGACACCGACUCGUUCCGUGCCCUGGGCGCGUCGCGACCCCGCCUGCGGCGCGGGGCCGCGGGAUCCGGCCGUAACGGGCGCGGAGCCGCCCGGGAGGAAGCGGCUCGUGGCGGCCGGCCCCGGCCCUCCGCCCCGGGCAGCGGGGAAGGGGCAAAGGACGGGCCGAGAAGCGGCUCCUCACACCGCCCGGAGUUUCCGCCUGCAGCGCCGUGCACUAGCGGGGGGGGAAACUCCAUCUGCAGGGCCCAAGGCGUAACCCUGCUCCGCAGCCCGGUUAAAGUUAUGGAGCAGUGGGGUUUCCGCAUCAGUCUCGGGUCACUUGUGUAUUCAGCACCCUGCCGCUCAGACCAGGAUGAAAGUCUGGCAUUUCCUGGUUGCCUUCAAGAACAAGAGUAGGAGGCGUGUCAGGCUGUAAUCAGUCCUGGGAUAUCGCUGCCCCGGUCACACAUAAGGGGCCCAGGCAAAUUGGGCAUGGAGGCGGAGGAGAACGAAGUGGAGAGCAGCAGCGAUGCGGCCCCUCAUCCGGCACAGGAAGAACCUUCGGAGAGCGGGCUUGGAGUGGAGACCUCUGAGGCCAUGUCUGCAGACAGCAGCGAUGCUGCUCCAGUGCCCGUCCUCUCAGAAGCAGAUGACUCUGGCGUGGGGCAGAGCUCAGACAGCAGCGGGGUGUCUCUGGAGGAAGUGUCGGAGAGCAGCUCCAGCACAGAUGCUAUUCCUAGGGUCUACCUUCCCGACUCUUCAUCUAUCGCCCAGUCUACCCUGGUCUCCAGCGUCUCCACAGUGAGCCAGUCCAUUAUGGUAUCGGAAUCCCCACAGGUCCUGGUUCACUCCAGCGUCAUCACCGAUGGGGCCACAAUGGUAUCGGACUCCACUGCAUCCACCUCCUCAGACCUGGGCUGUGCCAUAGACAAAAUCAUUGAGUCCACAAUUGGGCCUGACAUCAUCCAGAGCUGCAUCGCAGUGACGAGCGCUGAGGAUAGCGGUGCCCAGACUACCCAGUAUCUCAUUCUGCAGGGACCUGAUGAUGGUGCCCCCAUGGUGUCCCAGAUGGCCACCUCUGCUCUGGCCAACAGUUUGGCAAUAGAAGCCAUAGCCGAUGGACCCACCUCCACGUGCCUAGACCAGCCUGGCCCUUCCGAGCAGUCUGAAAUUUUGGAGCUGCCCACACAGCUGGAUCAGGCCAGAGAGGCAGAUGCUGGGGAGGAGCCAGACCAGCCGGACCUGGAGAGCUUGGAGGAGAUGAUGGAGGUGGUGGUGGUACAACAGUUCAGGUGCAAGAUGUGUCAGUACAAGAGCAUCUGCAAGAAAACGCUCAUCAACCACAUGAAGGAGCGCCAUUUCCAGCCAGUGGCUGCUGCUCUGGCCUUGAAGAAGGGGCGUCCGCGGAAGGGGGGACCCUCCCCAAAGCCCCUGGAGGAGGAUGUGCCGGAGGAGGAAGAGGAGGAUGAUAUCAUGGAUGCUGGAGCCAUUGAUGACCCUGAAGAGGACAGUGACUAUAACCCAGCCGAGGAUGAGCCUCGUGGACGGCAGCCCAAAUACAGCCGCAUUGUCCCCACGUCAAGUGAGGAGAGGCCACGCCGGCGGCCGGGGAGACCCCGCAAGUUCCCUCGCCUAGAGGACAUGCCGAAGCCUGAAGGUGGUGAGGAGGAGCCCUUAGUCACGUCCCAGAGCGCUCUGAGCAGCGAGCUGCAGAGCUCCGAGGCAGCCAGCUCCUCCGUCCUGGAGAACGGGGCCAGUGACCGCCUCGUGGAGCCCAGCAUCAGCCAGUCGGACUCGGAGAACAAGGAUCCGUCCUCCAACACAGGCCCUGAGGAGGCUGACACCGUGCCCAGGAGGCGAGGUCGGCCCUCCCGCCGCUUCCUGGGCAAGAAAUACCGCAAGUACAUCGGGCGCAGGUACUACUACAAGUCCCCCAAGCCUCUGAUGAGGCCCUACCUGUGCCGAAUCUGUGGCUCACGCUUCCUCACGCACGAUGACCUGCGCUUCCACGUUAACUCCCACGAGGCCAACGACCCGCAGCUCUUCAAGUGCCUACAGUGCAGCUACCGCUCCCGCCGCUGGUCCUCCCUCAAGGAACACAUGUUUAACCACGUGGGCAGCAAGCCAUACAAGUGUGGGGAGUGUGAUUACACAAGUGUGUACAAGAAGGAUGUUAUCCGCCACUCGACUGUGCAUAGCCGGGACCGGAAGAAGAGAGCUGACCCGCCCCCAAAGUUGAACUCAUUCCCCUGCCCAGUAUGUAGCCGAGUCUACCCCAUGCAGAAGAGACUGACCCAGCACAUGAAGACUCACAGCACGGAGAAGCCACACAUGUGUGACAAGUGUGGGAAGUCCUUCAAGAAGCGCUACACCUUUAAGAUGCAUCUGCUGACACACAUCCAGGCCAUUGCUAACCGCAGGUUUAAGUGCGAGUUCUGUGACUAUGUCUGCGAGGAUAAAAAGAUCCUGCUGAACCACCAGCUGUCACACAUGAACGACAAGCCGUACAAAUGCAGCUUCUGCAAGUACUCCACCUUCCGUGAGGACUUCUUGGUGUCGCACAUGGCCGUCAAGCACACGGGGGGAAAGCCAUUUGCCUGCGAGUACUGUCACUUCACCACCAAGCACAAGAAGAACCUGCGCCUGCAUGUGCAGUGCCGCCAUGCUGACUCCUUUGAGGAGUGGGCCCAGCGGCACCCCGAGGAGCCCCCCUGCCGGCGCCGCCCCUUCUUCACCCUGCAGCAGAUCGAGGAGCUGAAGCAGCAGCACAGCCAGGUGCAGACUCCCACAGAGCCUGCGGCCAGCCCCCCGGUGAGUACCGUGGCCCCUGGCCCUCCCGCCUGCCCCCUUCCCUCAGGCUCGGGCGUGCUCUCAGCUGUUUUUCUCAUCCAGGUUCCUCCUGGCCCUGUGACCUACCACACAGUGCAGCCCCUCCCAACGGCAGAACCCUCUGUCUCUUCCCAGGAUUCCUUGGGGGGAACCACCAUCAUUUAUGAGCAAGAUGUGGAGGGAUCGGCAGAGCUGGCCACGCAGACAGCGCUGGAUCUCCUGCUGAACAUGAGCAGCCAGCGGGAGCUGGCCACAGGCUCCCUGCAGGUGGCGGUGGUGAAGUCGGAUGGCUCUGGAGCAGCGCAGGCCCCCAAAGUCCCAUCACAGCAGGAGGAGGGGGCAGAUCUGGAUCCCACCGGGCAGCAGCAGAAGGUGGUGACGCUCCAUGUAGCUGAGCACGGAGAGGCCUUAGUGCAGGAGGCCUAUGAGGAGGCGACUCUGGGGAGCGCCGAGCUGCAGCAGAUCACCAUCCCGUUCGGGAGCACCACGGAGUACAGCAUCAUCACGCCCGUCAGCGAGGAGAUCCAGGCCCCGCAGACACUCUACAGUGAGGAGGAGAGCCCAGCAGAGACCACCCGUACAGUCGUGGUGAGUGACGCCAUGAUGGCCGAAGCGCUGACAGAGCACAGCAGUCACUACAUCCUGUCAGCCAGUUUCCCAGGGAGCCAGCUCCAUCACGUCGAGGGUCUUCUCUCCCAGCAGCUCAGUGGGGACCCUGCCCUCUCACCAGGGGAAGGCCAGGAGGCCCAGGCCUCUGGCAGCAAGUGGCCCAUGCUGCAGUGCCUGGCCAGGCAGCUCCGAAAGAACUCUGCCUUCUCCCCAGCACCGGAGGGGCAGGAGAUCCCGUCUGCAAAGGUCAAAUGGCCCGCACUGCAGGGUGUGGCCAAGAAGCUGUCGUGCAAGAUUUCCACAACCAAGAAGCUGUCGUGCAAGAUUUCCACAACCAAGAAAUUCUCGUGCAAGAUUUGCACAGCCAUGUUCACAGGGAGAGCGGAGAUGGAGAGUCACAAGAGGGCACACGUAGGGCCCAACACCUUCAAGUGUCCCGACUGCCCAUUCACAGCAGCUUUGUGGCUGGAGGUCCGGAGUCACAUGGCACAGCACGCCAGCCUUCGACCCCACAAGUGCUCCCACUGCAGCUUUGCCUCCAAGAACAAGAAGGACCUGCGCAGACACAUGCUGACGCACACCAAUGAGAAGCCCUUCGCCUGCCAGAUCUGUGGGCAGAGGUUUAACCGGAACGGGCAUCUCAAAUUCCACAUGCAGCGUCUGCACUGCUCCGAGGGGAAGCGGCUGGGGCAGCCAGCAGCCGCCACCCAGCAAACCAUCAUACUGAACAGCGACGAGGAAACAUUGACCACGCUGCAGACGGCUUUGCAGUCUGGCCAGGCAGUGCUGGCUCCUGAACGGCUGCAGCAGGCUCUGGGGCAGGAGCACAUCAUCGUAGCACAGGAGCAGAGCAUCACGAGCCCGGAGGAGGCCACGUACAUCCAGGAGAUCACAACGGCUGACGGGCAGACGGUGCAGCACUUGGUGACCGCCGAUAACCAGGUCCAGUACAUCAUUGCCCAGGACGGCGUGCAGCACCUGCUCCCCCACGAGUACGUUGUUGUCCCAGAGGGGCAUCACAUCCAGGUACAAGAUGGCCAGAUCACCCACAUCCAGUAUGAACAAGGCAGCCAGUUCCUCCAGGAGCCCCAGCAGAUCCAGUACAUGCCAGUUUCCCCAGAGCAGCAGCUGGUUACCCAGGCUCAGCUGGAAGCUGCGGCACACUCAGCAGUGACAGCAGUGGCCGAUGCUGCCAUGGCCCAAGCCCAGGGCAUGUUCACCACAGAGGCAACGGCUGAGCAGAUCCAGCAGCUGCAGCAGGGGAUCCAUUACGAUGUCAUCACGCUGACGGAUUAAGGGCUGGGCACUUGCUGCGGACAGGCAGAUGCUCUGGGCCAGCCAUCCACUAGCCAGGCUGAAAGGGGCUAUAGGGUACAAGUCUGAGCACCCUCUGGCUGGGGUUUGCUAUUGACUUGCCGUAUGCAGCAGGAGGGCUGGGUCUUGCCUAUCCGCCCCUCUGCACAGGGUGCUGCAUCCUAAGCAAGGGCUGCUCCCCUGGCAUUCAUGUGGCUAAGGGGCUGGGUGGGUGGUGGCGUGGCCCUGGCCUCUGGGCCUUUUGCACCUGACAGUCCCGGAUCCUUUUUCCUGCAUUGUGUCCUCGAGCUGCCGCCUGCCUGCCCUACGAGGUCCCAGCGUGAGAUGGUGCUGAGCACAGCCAUGUCGUGAAAAGGCCGUUCAAUUGCAACAGCCGUGUAGGGUGCAUGGGCCUGGCACGGAGAGGGCCUCCCACCUCGGCUUUCCUGGCCUGCAGGCAGGCAGCGCCCAGGCUCUGCACAGGGAGAGCAGCACGACCUGGAGAGAGGGAACCAUACAGGAAGAGGCAAUAGUUGAGAUGUUCUAUUUUUCUUCCAAACAGAGACGGACUCUGCUGGAGAGAGCUGGUUUGUACGGGGGGAGGGGGAUAAAUGCAAACCACCUGAAGCUUUGAAUCUGCUUAUGAAUAAAAAGGCGUCGGACUCUG